AUGCUGCUCACGCACCGACUGACGCUGUCCAUGCCACUGGUGCGGAGCGGCUGUGGGCGACUCUCAUGGCAGUCUACCCGCACCCGGGGUACGUGUUGCCCAUCUCUUACUGUUGCUGCACUUUGUGCGUCCCAUCGCUACCAGAGCAGCCCUGGCCCAACCAACGAUGACGCUCGUGCCUCCGGGCCGCAAGUGGCGUUAACUAGCAGAACGGCGAAGGUGAAGUAUGAGGAGGUGUGGCAGCUGUGGAAUGAAGGCAAUCUCUUCUCGCUGCAUGUGGCGCAGAUGCGCGACUUUCUGGCCGACGUCGGCAUCAUUGUUGAUCCGACGGCAAAGAAGGCGGCGGUGGUGAGACGUAUGGAGGCGUACCUGCACGACAAGGACAGCUCUGAGCAGCACGGCGGCGCUGCUGCCGCCGUGGGAGCUGCCAAGGGCGCAGGCAAGGAGGGCGAACAGGGCUACGGCAACUGGGCUGGCGCGGGCGCGACGCAGCCGGAGACGCUGCUGGAUUUGGCUCAGGCAGGAUUCUAUCAGGGAACGGCAAACAUGGUGCCAAAAGCAUUUCAGCUGCUUACGACGGGCAGCUGCGCCGAGGCUGUUGUCAGUCGUGUGAACACCUCCACCUUCCCGGGAUUUCCAGCCAACACAGAGUGCUACACCCUCUCUUCCUCUGAUGCAACCGGAGCCCUACAGACGCGCUACAGCAAGGUGCUUCAGUGGUGCUUGCUAAACAUGAACAACCUCCGCAUGGAUGGCGAGCUUACCGUGGAGCUUGGAAAGCUACUGCUCACUCCCGCAGCGAUGCGGUACGGCGAGGCUGUCGUAUCAGUUUAUACGCUGCAGCAGCGCCUCCAGCUGACAAAGCCGUACACAUGGGUCUCCACAGCGCCGGAGAGUGCCAUUCCCCUCGUGGACGCGUUCUUGACGGAGCGUGGAUUCCAGCCUGUUAGGAAGAACGCGCGUCUCACCUACGAGGGCGGUAUCAAGCGCGCCAAGGACAAGCUUGAGGUCGUGCUGAACGAUCAGAUGAAGGUGGAGGGGGUGUAUGGGGAGUGGGUCGAUGUGCAGACGGCCUUCUGCACUUCUGUGGAGAAGCCGGACUGCCGCAUUCUGCUGCGUUCGCGCCCUGCCGUCAGUGCACAGGACCGUGAGACGUACACCCGCAUCCCUGUGAUUGAGCUCGCUGAUGACGAUGUGAAUGAUGUGCUGCCGCCGGAGAAC